UUGGAAAUGAGUCCCUCUAUCUUAUCUACCUUCAUCUUGCUCGUUUUGGUCCUCGGAGACCUUGGACAAAGCUUUCCCAACUGUCCAGAAUCAAGGUGUGGGUCUGGUCCAACCAUCCGAUUCCCGUUCCGGCUCAAAGAUCGGCAACCUGAUUACUGUGGCUAUCAUGGGUUCGAUUUGUCUUGCACAGAGAGGAACAAUACAUUGCUGGAGCUGCCAAAUUCUGUGAAAUUAUAUGUCCAAGAAAUUGAUUAUCUCCAUCAAGUCCUUAACGUUUCUGACCCAGAUCACUGCUUUCUCAGACAGGCUUCAAACAUCAAAUUUUCUUCUUCUCCUUUCAGAUUUUACGAUGAUUUCCUCUAUAAUUAUACCUUAUUCAACUGUACUUCAGCAGAGAGAAAUAUACUCGGAAUUGCGCCUUGCCUUGAAGUUCCAGGCUAUGAAGUUUACGCCAUUACUAGCAGCUCUCGCAUUAGUCAAUAUACUCUUACAUCAUGUACAAAGAUGUACAAUAUUUUCUCUAUCCCCUACAUUUAUUCAUACGAAAUUUAUCCAGAAAAGUCGAAUGCCUCGAUUCAAUUGACAUGGGCCAAACCAGCUUGUGGAUUGUGUGAAGCAGGAGGAGGAAGAUGUCGUUUUAAGAGUGAUGGCACUGAAUGGUGUGAGAUGAGUCGUCGUCUAGCUCCAAUAACCAGAGGUGCAUCAACCAAGUUGAUAAUUGCUGGUGCAACCUUGGGUUCAUUUCUUCUGCUGGUAGCCUUCAUUGGACUUUAUCAUCUCUACAGCGCAGACAGAAAAGAAAAGGAAAAUCAAGCAAGGAUAGAGAAAUUUUUGGAAGAUUAUAAAGCUCUCACGCCCACAAGAUACACAUACGCUGAUCUGAAGAGGAUUACAAAUCAAUUUAAGGACAAGUUGGGGCAGGGAGCAUAUGGAACAGUGUUCAAAGGAAAGCUUUCUAGUGAGAUCCUUGUGGCUGUGAAGAUUCUCAACAGUUCAACAGGGAAUGGGGACGAGUUCAUCAAUGAAGUUGGAACAAUGGGAAGAAUCCACCAUGUAAAUGUAGUUCGUUUGGUUGGUUUUUGUGCUGAGGGAUUCCAUCGAGCUUUGGUUUUUGAAUUCCUACCAAAUGAAUCAUUGGAGAAAUUCAUAUUUUCAAAUGAUGGUCACCAUCAUUCUCUUGGUUGGGAGAAGCUACAAGAUAUUGCACUCGGCAUAGCUAAAGGAAUCGAGUAUCUUCACCAAGGAUGCGAUCAAAGAAUCCUACAUUUUGAUAUCAAGCCACAUAAUAUUCUACUGGACUAUAAUUUCACUCCAAAGAUUUCUGAUUUUGGUCUUGCUAAGUUGUGCUCCAAGGAUCAAAGUAUCGUAUCCAUGACAACAGCUAGAGGUACCAUGGGCUACAUUGCUCCUGAAGUAUUCUCUAGGAACUUUGGCAAUGUAUCUUAUAAAUCGGAUGUCUAUAGUUUUGGAAUGUUGUUGCUGGAAAUGGUUGGAGGAAGGAAGAAUUUCGACGUUAAUGUCGAAAACAGUAGUAGCCAGGUCUUCUUUCCUGAAUGGAUAUAUGAUCAUUUGGAUAGAGGAGAAGAUAUGAGAAUCCGAAUUGAGGAAGAAGGUGAUGCUCAAAUAGCAAAGAAACUCACCAUUGUUGGAUUAUGGUGCAUCCAAUGGUUCCCUGUGGAUCGACCCUCAAUGACAAUUGUUGUUCAAAUGAUGGAAGGAGAAGGAAAUGAUUUAGCAAUGCCUCCUCAUCCUUUUAACUCCACAGGUAUGCUUGCUGGGAGACAUCAUCACCAAGAAUUACCAGCCAUCUCUGAAGGAGAGUGACUAGCUAAAUCAAUAGUAAUUGGUGUUGAAAAUUCUCAAUUUCAUGUGUCAACAACAAAUUUCUACCUUAAUUUGAUUUUGAAUGCAACUUCUUUUUUUUUUUUUUUAAACAAUGUUAAUGUUUUAUUGGUUAUAGGUCAUAUUAUUGCAUAGCAUUUAUAUUAUUUCAACUUGUCAUCCACUAAAAUGUUAGAUGAUCCUAACCUGGAGAUGCUGAAAGGCUUUUCAUGGUUUGUGUUGAAACUGAGGAUGAAUGUAACA